CGAGUUUGUGAUGACUAGCCUGUUAAAAGUCUGAAAUAGAGCGCAUCCGAAAAGCAGUUUCAUUGGACACAGGUCGGAGCGAGACUCGCGACAAUCGUAUCGCGUCGGUGCUGCUCCGUUGUUUUUUUAUUCGAGUUUCGUUGGAAUAAAAGUAUAGCAAGGAUUGGACGAUCGAUCGUAAAAUCGGUUGGGAACUCGACGCCGCGUAGUUGCCGGGCUUGAUAAGAGGCGGCCAACGGUCUCUUGGGGCGAAUGUUCGAUUGGUUCCCCCAACAGGGAAUCGCAUGCGAAUUCGUACAAGCUCCUUCGCCGUUCGUUUUCCUCUUUUUACCUCGCAGUCGCGGAGCUUUUUCUUUCAUACUCCGUAACAACGAUCUCCUCUACUGUCAUAUCGACGCGAGGAUACACACGUACAAUUGUUUUAUGUGUACGUAUGAGACGCCCGCGACUCCUUGGAAAAGCAAUAAAAGGAGCGACGACGAGGGGAGAAGAUCGAACGAAGAGGAGAGCCGCCUGGCGCCACUGCCAUGUGGCUCGGCGCGACCCGCCGGGACACGAUCUUUCCUCGCUCUCAAUAUCGUUUUUCUUCUCUCGCUCUCCCUCUCUCUCUCUCUGCUUUUUCUUAUUUUCUCCAUCUCCGAUGUCGCACUCGACUUGCUCCUCGGAGAGUCCAUCCACACCGAGAACGCUUUUCGCGAAGGAAAAGCGCCGUGAAAGCGGGAGGCUCCAGCCCGAAAAUGCUUCCGAAUUAACGGACUGAGAUCGCCGGAUGUGCGAGUUCGCCUGAAGGGCGUAACCUCCACCGAGCGAGCGGGAUAAUCGACAUCGGCGCGCUCCCUUUUGCCUCUCGGAGCGCAGAACUGACGCGAACCACCAAGGCGUGCAUAUACCGGAGCAAUCUGUAAUCGCGCGAGCGAAACCUGAAACUCCUCGCGAACGCCAUAUACGUCCAGGUCGACUCGUUGUUGUUGUCGCGACUGCGGUGACUCUCCCGAGAGAGAGAGAGAGAGAGAGAGAGCUCCGGGUAGCGAAACUUCUCGCGAAGGCGAUAAAUUAUUGUCGGUGACUAUCGAUCAAACCGGCAUCAGCGAUCCACGGCUCCUCGGCCAAUUAUUUGCCGGUCGUGCACCGCCUCGCGCGCGUGUGUGCGUGCGUGCUGGCUGCGUAAACGCAUACACAAGCGCGGUAGCCCCGUACAAGAGAGCUCUCGAACUCGAUGCUUCUGAAAUAUGAUAUACUCGCUCUCUCUCCCCCCGCGUGCGGCCACGGCGUUGAAACUAAACGAGGUAAAAACGUUGUGAGAAUAUCUGGCCAACGAUACAUGCGGACGCCGGGCGCGUUCUCAUUCCAAAUCGUACAUUGACAGGGUUCGCGAGCGGUGUGCGCGGGAGCAUCCAAGAAAUGUAAUUUUACAUGUACGCGGCUAUAAUAUAAUUGGCGAUCCUCGAGCGAGAUCGCGGCGUACGUAACGCGGGCCCGAAAAGCCCCCCGGCGGAAUUCUCGAGGGCGCAAUAUUCGCCAACUUGGCCCGAGCUUGUACGAAUGCGUGUGCACACGCUCCACCUCCCUGUACAUGAGCCAUCUCAAGAAUGCGAGGAAGAGAGAGACGCGAGCGACGAGCAGGGAGCGUGUAACAGCAGGAGUUUGCCGAGUCCCCGAGCUCCGAGAGCAGACGAGAAACUAGCAAGAGAGAGAGAGAGAGAGAGAGCGGGAGAUUUUCUCUGUAUGUAUUGUAAGUCGGAUUCUCUCUGAUGCACGAGCUGCACAGCGGCAGAAGGAUUUUUCACCCAUCCCCCCCCGGGUGGGCCCAUCGGCGGCGUAAUGGCCGCGAAUUCCGAGAGGGACGCUGGUUUCUGCAGCGGCGGAGACGAGGACGACAACAUGUCAGGCCUACAUUCGCCGAGCGCCUCCGAGGACAGCGUCGAAGUCCAAGUCACACCGAUAUCCUUGAGGAACAAGAGGAAGCUCGCGGAGCCCCGGAAAAUCCAAGAGCCCAACAUGGCACCCCUCAAGAAAAGAAGGUUCGAGCUUGUCGAGAGAACCACCAGCCAGAAGGCAGUCGCUAAGAGCAGCGGCCUGGACAUUCCGGUGAUCCAGGACGAGGAGUCGAGACCAGCCGGUUCGCCAUCCCCGAGCCCAUUCCGACCCUGGAGCAGUCCUGCCACGACGAAGGGUCACGGCAUCCCUGGGAGCAGCAACAAGGACACGAGCGGCUCCGAGGACAGGAAGAUCUCGCGGAACCAGGAAGACUCCCGAGACAGCAGCAGACUCGAGAACCAAGAUCCGGAGAGCCUGAGACGGCACGAGGACGACCGGUGGAUCGAGGAGGAAAACAAGAGGAGGGAGGAAGAGACUCGGAGGAGAUACGAGGCGAGGAUCCAGGAGGAAGUCAUGUCCAGGCUCCAGGAGUCCGACAACCGCCGUCUCCACCAUCGCCAUCAUCACCACCACCACCACAACCAUCUCCAAAAUCAUGAUCAGCGACAACCCCCGCUCUCCCCACUCUCGCCGCAGCUCGUCGCGACUCCGCCACGUUCUGCGUCCGCGAAUUCCACAAGCUCAUCCACCCCGAGACGAGAGAGUCGAGGGAAAGGACGCUUCGAAACGGCCCAGCCAACCAGCCUCCCUCCGCUCCCGGUUUCCAGGCUGCAGGAAGAGCCGCUCUCCCUGGUUCUACGCUCCGGGGAACCGCCCCGCGUACCCUCGCAUCCAGGAGUCAACGGCUCCUACGAACGCUCCCCUGCACCCGGCUACGCCUCCGACCCCCUUCGUUCCUCGCCCCACCACCAAAACGGACAUCGAACCCCGAGCACCAACCACUCCGGGCACCCAACCAGCCCCGGACAGUCCGAAGCUCAACAGCAGCAACAACACCACCAGCAACAACAACGAAACUACAAAAACAUGACGCGGGAACGAAGGAUCGAGGCGAACGCGAGGGAAAGAACGAGAGUCCACACCAUCAGCGCGGCUUUCGACACCCUCAGACGCGCCGUCCCAGCUUACUCGAACAAUCAGAAACUCUCGAAACUCUCCGUGCUCAGGAUCGCGUGCAGUUACAUCAUGACCCUGAGUAACAUCGCGAAUACGCCCGAAGGCGAACCUACCACGAGCGCUUCGCUCGGGGCCUGCGUUGACCUCGUCUCCAGGACGAUACAGACCGAGGGAAAACUCCGAAAGAAGAAGGACGACUGAGCUAUCGACUGAAUUGGCUUUACGAGAGUUUAUGAAACUCCGGUGAUUUUUUUUUUUUUUGUUUUUUUGUUUUUUUUCGUUUCUUUAUUUGUUCGACAGAACUCGCGGUCGAUCCGCGCUAACAGUUUACGAAUCUGUUCAAAACACGAGGACCUGGUGUCCUCUUUGGAUUUUCCGUCUCGAAUGCUAUUUUUUUUCAUCGAAUUUAUCGGCAACAAAUUUUUUGGAUAUUCGAUACUCCCAAAAGGGGAGCUCGGUCAUCGGUCGAUGCUCAAAACUGCCCUCUUCCGGGAUCAUUUUUUUCGUCCCUUCAAGCUUUUCAUUUCUCUCUCGAUAUUAUUCAGAGCACCGAGCUAAGUCUGGUGGGAAAAGACAUAUUUUUGGAGGAUCUAGUGUUUCUAGAGUUUGUAAAUAUUGUUGUAAGAGCGAUGUAUACCACGAGGAAAGUUAUAACGAGAUACGCAGUUUUCCUCAGACUACGACAAUAAAAUGCUGAUUUCUCAAAAUCUAUUGAAACUCAUCGAAUUACCGAAAGUCUAUCGAUAAUCAAACGACCUUUAAUAUGAUACACCGCGUCGCGAUUUAUUCCCUUCUUUCAAUAUACGCGAUCGAGGGAACCCUUAUUGUGCCACAUAUUUGUGCGAAUGUUCAUCAUUUAAGCGGAUUAAAUAAAAAUAAAAUCGUUAUGCUUCCAGCCCCAUUGGCCGACUGAACGCCGAGUACAAAAGAUCUGACUUAUGCUCCUUCCCGUGAAUGCGUUUUAUGCUGCUUGUCGAAUCGAGCCUCGCAAAACUUGUGAAUAAAAUGAAUAAUUAUAUUCGAAUAAUACGAUACUUCAUAGUGAUAAAAAUUGGAAUAAAAAAUGGAAUAUUAAGGAGCUUCGUGAGAUCGAGUAUUGCGUCGGAAAUGUGUGAACGAAUGUCGAAUUGAGUCGCGAGAAAGAGUAAUCUUCAUACAAUUUCAUUCAACAAUAUUAUUGUAACUUCGAGUUUAACGAUUAUUGUAAUUGCGGAGAAUUAUGACAGAUAUAAAUCUAUUAAAUCUUAUUAUUAAUAUUAUUAUUAGUAAUAUUAUAUUGUAUAAAAAGUGGAGAACGAGAUCGACGCUCGAAUCUCGGACUCGGUGUCCUGCAUGUACCUUUAUAAGAGGCGAGGGUGAAGAAAAAUCCCUGUCUCGAUCGUUCAAUAUUUCAUUCUUCUUUGAAUUUGUCAAAGUUCAGAAUAAACAUUAAAGUGAUUCCAAAAAAGA